AUGGCUAGUUGGUUCACAUCAACUAUUCAAUCAGUUCGCGAUAAAUCGAUUGAUGCAUUGGAUUUUGUACGUAGAGAUUUAGCGGAAUUUACUACAACAGUUAAAAGUGAUACAGAAUCUUAUUUGAAUAAAAUUAAAAGUCAAGAUGUUGGAGAUCUUGGUAUUAAUCGAUUUGUAUCAAAAUUAAGUGGUGAUGCUGGUAAAAUGGGUAAUGAUAAUGGAAAACAUAUACAAGCAACACCAUCAUUCGAUCGAAUUCAUAAUGAAUUAGCUCGAUUACAAAAUGAUGAAUCAACAUAUUUAGCUGAUCCGACGCCCAACGAAGCCUAUGACAUAUGGCGUCAAACAACAAAUUUUAAUGUUGAUACACGUAAAGGAGAUAUCGCUCAAUUAUUAAUUGACGCUCCACAUGUUCGUUCAUUUUACGCACGUCUUGUGCCAGCACAUACAACACAUAUUGAUUUUUGGUCUCGAUAUUAUUAUCGAUUGCAUCUCAUUGAGGAAGAAGAAGCACGACGUACACAAUUAUUACGACGUGCACAUGAAAUUUGUUCAGAAAAUAGUGAUAAUGUUGGAAAAAAUAAUGAAAACGAUUGGGAUGAACCUGAUGAUGAUUGGUCAAAAGAACCAUCGAAUAUAAUUCAAGAAUCAAUAUUAGAAAUUCCUCCUGUUGAACAACAAGAAUUAACAAAAGAAAUUCCUUCUGUGGAACAACAAGAAUUAACAAAAGAAAUUCCUUCUGUGGAACAACAAGAAUUAACAAAAGAAAUUCCUUCUGUGGAACAACAAGAAUUAACAAAAGAAAUGCUUUCUGUGGAACAACAAGAAUCCAUAGCAGUAACAACAAAUUCAGAAGACACAAAUACUCAACGAACAGAAAGUGAUACAGUUUCAGGCGAUAGUUGGGAACGUGAAUUUGAUGAAACAGAUCUUAAUUCAUCAUCUGUACCAUUAAAAUCUCUUGAAGAUCCAUUAACAAAAUCCGAAGAAACGAUUACUUCUGAAAGUUUAUCAUCAUCAACAAUAGCAACAACAACAGCAGCAUUACCUUCAUCAUCGAAUAAAAAAGCGGGAAACGAAUUUGAUGAUGAAUGGGAAUCAUGGGCAUAA